CCGAGCAUCCUCCACAGGAUUCCAGGAUUUACUGUCUCUAGUCGCUAUGUUUCGCAUCGCUGCGCUCGUUGCUUUCACCUUCCUCGCCGUUGUCUCCGGCCAGCAAGCUGGCACACAGACCGCUGAAACCCAUCCCACUCUCACGUCGCAGCAAUGCACGACGAGCGGAGGAUGCAAAUCGCUGAGCACCAAGGUCGCGCUCGAUGCGAACUGGCGUUGGGUUCACACCACCACCGGCUACACCAACUGUUACACCGGUAACGCGUGGGACACUUCGAUCUGUCCCGACGGCGUGACGUGCGCGCAGAACUGCGCCCUCGACGGUGCGGACUACACCGGCACGUAUGGCAUCACAUCCUCCGGCACCGCACUCACGCUCAAGUUCGUCACGGGCUCCAACGUCGGCUCUCGAGUAUACCUCAUGUCGGACGACUCGCACUAUCAGAUGCUCAAGCUCCUGAACCAGGAGUUCACGUUCGAUGUCGACAUGUCGAACCUCCCUUGCGGCCUCAACGGCGCGCUCUAUCUCUCCGCUAUGGACUCAGACGGUGGUAUGUCCAAGUACCCCAACAACAAGGCCGGUGCCAAGUACGGCACAGGCUACUGCGACUCGCAAUGCCCAAAGGACAUCAAAUUCAUCAAUGGAGAGGCCAACGUUGAAGAUUGGAAUGCGACUGGUACCAAUACCGGUACUGGUAGCUACGGUACCUGCUGCACCGAGAUGGAUAUUUGGGAGGCCAACAACGACGCCGCCGCUUACACCCCUCAUCCUUGCACUACCACCGGUCAGACCCGAUGCUCUGGAGAUGACUGCGAUCGGAACACCGGUCUUUGCGACGGUGACGGCUGCGACUUUAACUCCUUCCGCAUGGGCGACAAGACCUUCCUCGGCGCGGGGCUGACCGUCGACACCUCCAAGCCCUUCACCGUCGUCACCCAGUUCCUCACCAGCGACAACACUUCCACUGGCACGCUUUCCGAGAUCCGUCGUAUCUACGUCCAGAACGGCAAGGUCAUCCAGAACUCGGCUGCUAACAUCCCCGGCGUCGAUUCAGUGAACAGCAUCACCGACAACUUCUGCACACAGCAGAAGACCGCAUUUGGGGACACCGACUUCUUCUCGCAGCACGGCGGCCUGAAGCAGGUGGGCUCGGCGUUGGCGAACGGCAUGGUCCUGGCGCUCUCGAUCUGGGACGACUACGCCGCGAGCAUGCUCUGGCUCGACUCGGACUACCCUACCAACAAGGACGCGUCCGCGCCCGGUGUCGCGCGCGGCACCUGCGCGACCACCUCGGGUGUCCCGGCCCAGGUCGAGGCCCAGGUGCCCAACUCCCAGGUCGUCUUCUCCAACAUCAAGUUCGGCGACAUCGGCUCCACCUUCAGCGGCUCUUCCUCUCCCUCUGGACCCAGCGGCUCCUCGUCGCCCCCCACGACCUCGCCCACUCAGCCCGCUGGCGGCACCGUCCCUCAGUGGGGCCAAUGCGGUGGCAUUGGCUACAGCGGCUCUACGGCUUGCGCUAGUCCAUACACCUGCCACGUUUCCAACCCUUACUACUCCCAGUGCUACUGAAAGAUGAAAUCUGCUUGGUAAAUUCAUCAUCUCGUCGUCUCAAAUCGGUAGCCUUUAGUCUGCUUGUUCGGUGUAAUCACAAGCGAAUGGUCUGUCCAGGCCAGCGAGCUGAAUUGUAUAUUCCGUGACCCAAAGAACUGAAUGCCCCGAACAUGCUCAAAUUACACGUAAAGCACCUGCACACGUCAGAGCGAUAGAGGUAAUCUCUCGCUGAAGUGCUAUCAAAUCCUUCCUUUGGUAAGAGACUUCAAAAGCUCAGCAUUGAUGGGCCAGGGAGGACCGAUCCAGGAGGCACGCUCCGUGUGGUCUUUGUAGGCGUUGUCUGUGUUGGGAUGCACGAGAACAGAGCACGGGCCACGGUUGACGACCAGGAAGCCGAACAAGGCGCCGGUCUGGUGAGGUGUGAACGUAUUGAUCUCGAACAUGGCCGUCGGGUGGGGGCCGACGGGUUUGUCCCAGAAUCUAUAGAUGCGCAGCUCUGGGAACUCGCGCCUUAUGCGCUCAUGCAAUUCCCUGGCGUACUUUGUAUGUGCAGGGUCGGCUUGCAUGUAGUAAACAUGGAAAUCGAAGGCAUUAUUCGACAUAUUUAUGGGUUCGGGGAACUUCUCAUACGCAGAGGACAGCGGACCGGGAGGGUUGUGGAGAGACUUGCCAUCCUGGUUGGUUGUGGUAGGCAGCGGCUCUGCGUUCUCGUAGCCCUUCAGGGGAGAUUCCCAAGUCAUGUCGGAUGUAGUCUAGAGGUGGGGCACGAGUAGACCUUGAGGGUCAUGACUCGGUGUGUUGGCGUAGUUAUAGUUUGUACUGCGCUCAAUGUCGUGUUCGAGAUGACCACGGGAAUCGUGAAUGACUAAUGAUUGCAAUGC